AAGAAUGUCUUCUGAGACAUAUUAUAAAUCUCUUAAAGUUUCUGCACUUAAAGAACUUUUACAAAAACGAUUUUUACCAGUGAGAGGUAAAAAGGAAGAUAUGGUCGCACGUUUAUUAGAGGCUGAUAAAUCUGAUAACGAUAAGCUUAAUGUUACUCGACUUUCUAAAGUCUCUAAGGAUGAUCUGGGUGAUCUUGCUCCUCCAGAAGAUGAAAUUGAUUGGGAAGAUGAUACUACUGAUAUACCAAUAAAAUCUACUUUGUUUGAAAAAACGUCAAUUAUACAUAAUUUUGAUAAGUUAAUUAAUUCUAAAAAAAAUUUCAGACAAAAUAAUCCUCAAAAAAUUCAGAAAGAUUCCAAUUUUAAAUUUGUUUCUAUUGCGUCUAUAUUUUCUACAUCAUCUGAUUCUAUAAAUAAUGUUUCUAUUAAGGAGAAUGCUACGUUGAAAAAUGUUCCUUCUAUUAAGAAAAGAAAUAGUGAAAAUGCUUUUGAUAUGGAUUGGCAAUCAAUUGAAAAUGAAAUUGUUAAACGUAAGAUUAGAGCAUCUCGUUUUGGAAUUUCAGAAAAUGAAAAUAAUAAAAGGCUUGAAAGAUCUAUUCGUUUUAACGUAGCUAAUACUGUGAAACUUGAUUAUUAUAAGAAUUUUUCAAGUGAAACACCUGAAAAAAAUAUAAAAUUUGUAAAAUCUAGAAUUUUAAAUAACUCAGUAGAAAAUGAAAAAAUACGGAGAAGAGUAGAGAGAUUUGGGAAAAAAAGUAGGGAAAUGAAAUGAUUUCUUAUAAAAGUCUUUAUAGUUAUUUUUGUUUUAAUUUUUUUUGAAAUCAUGUUUUUUGACGCCCUUAUAAAUUGAAAGAUAGUUGUCUAUUUAAAAUGAUAAGUAUGUAUGUGAUUUAUUAUAUUUAAUAUUUAAAGAUUACAUAGAUUUUAUAUUAUGAAACAUUGAAAUUAUAUGAUAGCUAUAAUUUUUAGAAUUUGGAUUUAUAACUUGAACUGCUUUUUUAUUUUUUCAUCAACCAAUUCAGUAGCAGAAAUAUCAGAGAACCAUAGUACCUUACAGCCUGCUUUUAUGUUAAUUAAUGAGCAUGGUAAUUCUUCUAUAUAAUUCCAUAUUCUUUUCAUAAUUUCCCGCUUUUUUUCUCCUAAUACAAUAAAAGCAAUUCUUUGUGCAUUAGUUAUAACUGGAAGUGAGAAAGUAAUGCGUGUUGAUGGUGGUUUUGGUGAAUUAGUAAUAGAUAUUACCCAAGAGGUGUUUUCUUGUAAACUUUUAUGAUUAGGGAAUAAUGAACAUGUAUGUCCAUCUUCUCCACAACCCAAUAGUAAAAGAUCAAAUUCUGGAAAUUUUUUUGUGUUUUUAAUAGGAAAUUUUCUCAUUAAUACUGAUUCGUAUGCUUUAGAUAGUUUUUCUGGAUUAUUUAAUAAAGACACAUCAAUAGUAUGAAUAUUUUCCAUGGGAAUAGGUAGUUUCAUAAAAAAUUCAUC